AUGGUCUACAGGAGACCUCCCAAUGUAAGAGAUGCUAGUCCCAUCUUAAGGACUACAUCGAUAGUCCAUCGAUUUGAAGAUAACUAUUUCCGUAAAAGAGAUGGUCGGAGAGAAUCAAAACCUCUUUUGAGCGUUUAUGAUGCCUCAAGAGUAUUGAAAACAGUUAAGCCAGGUUUCCAGUACAACUGGGAGACAGGAAAGCCAGAGCUGGUGGCAAAGCCAUGA